GAGCCUUUGCUCAGAGAGGAGCACUGCUUACGAGCUCCUCUCUCCCUCUUCAGUUAAGGACUUACUUUGCUCAACUGACACGGGCCGGGGCAUCCCUCACCUCGGAUUUUUCAGUGUGUCGAAUAUAUUGGAAGUCUACUACUAAUAAAGAACAAGAUUAUUAUAUUGAUAGCAUUCUACAGAAGAGAGCUCCACUUAUAAGUUCCGUUGAGCUGAGCAGACUGGCCUACCAGAAAGGUUUUCCUUCAUCAGCAGUUUCUUGCUUGGAACUUCCCUGCAUGAGGGGUGCACAACAACAUAUGUAAGGAGCUGAAGCUGUAUUGAGAAAAAAAUAUUUCCAGGGAUAGCUGCCUUCAGAGCUGUUGUCAACUGUCGCUCCCACAGAACGGGAGCAGGCCCUGGUUUUGCUGAAGAGUCAACUGAUGAAGAGUUCUGGAGAACCCAAAAGCUUGCUGCUUGCUACAAUGUGAUUUAUUUUGUUGUUGUUAUUCAUCUUAAGGCAUUGCCCUACUUUUCAUUCAUGCUCUAGGACAAACACUUCUCCAUUGCCAAUCUAACUUUAACUAACACUACGGUUAGUUUUGUGACAAUCAGAACAACGGAGGCCCUUUAUAACGCCUGUUCGGAGCGACACCUGCUGGUGGUAGGGAACUAACAUCAGUGGCCCACGUGUUUGGUGGAGGACUGAAGAGGCUGAUCAGCAGUUUGGUGAGCGGAGCAGUUUCAUUUGGAAGUGCCAGUGGCGCCAAAUUCCCAGGUGUGUAAAAUGGCAGAAAGACCUAUUUGGGAGCAAAUUGGAACAAGUUUUAUACAACUGUAUUAUCAGCAAUUUGAUACCAAUAGGGAACAACUAGGUGCCCUUUAUACAGAUGCUUCCUGUUUGUCAUGGGAAGGGCAGCAGUUCCAAGGAAAAUCAUCAAUAAUGGAAAAACUGAUGAGACUUCCUUUCCGAAAAAUUCAGCAUAACAUAACAUCCCAGGAUCAUCAACCAGCUCCUGAUAAUUGUAUCCUUAGUAUGGUUGUUGGUCAGUUGAAGGUGGAUGAUGAUCCAGUUAUGGGAUUCCACCAACUGUUUGUUCUCAAGAACAUUAAUGACAAAUGGAUUUGUUCCAAUGACAUAUUUAGGCUGGCUCUAUACAACUUUGCUUGAAAACUCUGCUUUCCAAUGUUCCUUGACUUGUCACAAAUUUCUGGCUCAAGAAAACUUAGUUUUAAAAUUGUUUUAAUUGUGCUUUAUUCUAUGGCCUGAUAUACACGUUCUUUCAGUUAUAUGUGCUAGAGGAAGUAAUUUGGAAGGUCACUCCAAGAGGUAUGCCCUUGCUUCUGUCCUGUUUAUUGCAUAAAACAUCCAGUGUAUACAGACUUAUAAGAGGCUUAUAAUUUGAGCUGUAUUAAACUUGCUGAAAUGUGUGGAA